UCAAAAGUAAUUGGGCCAGUGCUAGCCACGCCCAGUCAGGAAACAAAUUUUUUGAACAAACCAAGGGUAACUAAACCGAGAUGGAUGUUUGCUAGCACACAGGACUAUGUAUUGUCCCUCGCCCAGGAGGUGGACAGAUGGAGAAGAAAAAAAUUCCUUUGGCAAGGAGCUGCUUCUGGAUUCCCAUUUCUGUAAAUUCUGCAGAUCUUCUGUAUUGCCCCUCUUGGUGUAACAGGAUAAAAUAAAUGCUCUGUAUUAUACAGAGGAUGUCCGGAAAAACAUGCAGGCUCCUUUUGAAAUGAAGAUCAUUUGCAAGGCUCCAUGAACUCUAAUUCCAGUGUCACAUCUAGAGUUCGAUAGAAAUGGCCCGGGAUGCCAGACCUUCACGAUUAAUUAAAAAAGAGGAGAUAAGCAAAAAGAAACCAAGUCCCGUUAAAAAGAAAUCUUGCCAAGGAAUAAAAGAUGCCAAGAAAGUAUCCUCAAAGACGGAGUGUUCUACAAGCUACAGAAAGUUAAUGGAAGAACAGAACGAUGGCAAAAAGAGAUCCAAAGAACAUAAACCUCCAUUAAGUUCGCCAUGCCGAUUUCUCCGGAGCAGUGUAACCAAAGCCUUUUCUGGAACAUCUUGGAUGAAUCUGGAAUUGACCGACAGUGUUCUCUUCCGCCACCAGCCUCCUUUGAGCUAUGGUGGGUUUUCCAUGACUCUUCGCAGGAAACCGUUCUCCCACAGACUAUUUCAAGCAUCGACAAUCACAAGAGCUAAGAAGGGUGGCCCAGGAAAAAAAGAAAAACCUAGAUCAGGAAUUUCCUGUGCAUUAGAAAGGAAAGAAGCUGAUCAGACUACAAGAGCUUUUGCACGAGAUUUAAACUUGAACAGUGAAUUACCUUCUCCCAAAGGACACAAGGCUCCAUGUUCUCAGGAAGCAGGCUGGUCCUCUGUAGAUGAUAAUCAAGCCAAAAAGAGAGGGACUAUGCCCCUCCCCAAAAAUUCUGUUUCUAACAAUGGCAUGACGGAUACCUGUAAUUCAGGAAUACCAAAAGAAGAACACAGAUGUAAAGAAUUUGUAUCAAGUGAGCAGACCCUGAAAGAUUUGUUUACUAAUACCUCAAAUGAAAUUUUGCCUGAGCCUCUUCUCCCCCAUUUACAUGUGGACUUUGACACUACUUUAAGGGUGCGGGAGAAUGAAUUAGGAACAUCUGUAAAACCAUAUGCAAAGAGUAACCUGAAUUUAUCUCCUGUCCACCCAGAACAUUCCUGUUCACAUUCCAUGUCAAUGCUGAGCCUUUCCUCGGAACAAAACCCGGUGUUGCAUAAGAAACGACCAGAGACUUCUGUAGACUCUCAUUCCAACACUGGACUUGAUACGGUGCUAACUCCCUGUGAAUCCGAUGCUGCCAUUUUGAUUACCUCUGAACUGAUCUCAAAAUUGCAUCUGGAUGACCCGUGUGUGUUAUUGGAACCCCUGACCAAACCAGAUGCUGAGCCUCUUAUGACAGAAGAGAAGAAUUUGCAGUGGGCCUCUGGAGCAGAAGGUUGCUUAAAAGAACCAGGCCUUGUAGGAGACCCUCUUUUACCAGAGGACUUGGAGGUGGUGCCAAGCAACCAAGCGCUUGAUUCUUCUUUCUACCCUAGUCAAAUGUAUUCAAGCUGCGACCAACCAAAUGAACAGUCAGUCUGUGAACAGAUUUCUAGCAUUUCUUUGAGUAAUUUCAUCUUGGAAGAUCUUGAACAGACUCUUGAAAGGAUUGCUGCAGAAACAUUAAUUUUAGAUCCAGCCCCUGCACCCUUUAAUCUAGAAAGAAACACCACUAGCUCAACUCCAGUCAGCAGCGAGGCUUCUAAAGAAAGUUUUUCACAAUUCUAUCAUUCAAGGCUGCUGUUGGGUAGUGGUGGGGGGAAAGAGGCAAGGACCGUUCCACCUAACAAAUCCAUUCCAAAGCAUCUGGAUCCCUUGCUGCAGCUGGGAAAAGAUAGAAAAGUCACAAUCUAUACCCAGGAUCCCAGGAAAUGUGACACCAAUCCAGCUGUGGCAUCCGAGCCAUUACUUUUUGAGUCUCCAACUGGUGGGUGUCUUGCCUCUUUGCAACCUGUGCUGGAAAAGAAAAAAAGAAGGCGCUGUGGCGUCUGUGAGCCUUGUCUGCGGAAGACCAACUGUGAAGAGUGUAGCUGUUGUAGGAAACGCAAAACGAGCCACCGGAUAUGUAAAAAGAGAAAAUGCGAAGAACUGAAAAAGCCUCCACCGCCUCUUCCAUCCUUAAGGCCGCCUAUAGAGGUGCUAACUGAAAACAAAAGGCCUCAGAGAAGAAAGCGAAGAGUUCCAAAGGGAGAUCUGAAAAGCAGACUAGUAAAUGGCUGCAGAGCGGAGUUUGUGGAGUGUGUUGCAUAUGGCUAUGGUGAAAAAUACAAGUUGAAAGCCAACCAGUCACUGCCCUGGGAAGAUGUGCAGACAAAUGAAAAAGGAAGUAUGGCCGGCUUAGAAACUGAGAAGUGGGUGCAGAAUGAAAAGCCAUCGCUUAGCAUCCAUGUGAAUGGAGAUCUCUGUAAAGCUGGAACCAGGGAUGAGAACUUAAAGCAUUUUGAAAAGGAUGCAAAAUUGGUUUAUUCCUCCAGCAUGAUAGAUGAGCCCCCCAAAUUAUUUGCACAUACCGCUAGAAAUGGCAUUAAAAGCAUACCGUAUUCACCAGCAGAAUGUGACACAUCACUGAAAUCAGAUGUGAGCACCCUGAAACAAGCAGAUGUGAACACUACUGCAGAGCUGGCAGACGGCUCCAGUGCCUCCUGGAGGGAAGCUGCUCAGCUGAACAACAUCUACCCUUUGGCAACUGGAACAUGUGGUGCUAUUCCAGAAAAGAAGGAUUAUGUUGUAGGACUCCAGGCAGAAAACCCAAAUGCCAUUCAGGAAGCUGAAAACUCACUUUUGGAAACCAUUUCACUUUUACAUUUGCAGGACAAGCCACCCUGUGCUCCUGUGCUUGAAAGAGGUGCUUGCCUUGAUGAUGGUGCUUCAGAUAUCCCUAGUAAAGAUUCCCAGCCUGAAGAUUUGUCACUUCAGUCAACUUUUUUAUCUCUGAUUAAAAAUAGAAAUUUAACUGUGGAACAGGUUGUAGCUAUUGAGGCAUUAACACGUUUGUCAGAGGUCCCUUUAGGACCUCCUUCACCAGCGAAAUCAGAGAGAGUUGAGUGUCUAGAGCAGCAAACAUCACACUUGCUGAACAGUUACAAAAAGGAUAAUCCAUGUCCCUUAAAAUCAUCUGCACUGAAAGUAAUAAAAGGGACUUGCCCACAAAAAGAUCAGCAGCUUUUUUCUCAUCCUGCCUCACAGAGAAGAAUCCACCCUAAGGGUUUGCUCUACAAGGGUCCAGGUGCUAUUUCUGAGUUCCCCAGUAAAUCUCCAGGUCCAUCUCACUUACAACGUAGAUUGCAUUGCGCCUCAAGAGACACCAAAUCUUUCUCGGCUUUAGUGUCUGGUGGAAAUUCAGGUAUUACUACCAAGAAAUAUCCUCUUCAUCAUAAAACUGCUAUUGGGCCAUGCUCCAAAAACUCAAGUACUAUCAGACAAUGGUGGAACAGAGGAGAGAUGCUUGGCAAAUGGGAGGGAAAGGCUGUUCACAACCUGAACUUAAAAAGUAAUUCUGUACUUAGGGGUGGUGUUCACAGCCAAGAUGAAGAAGAGGUAGCUACCCAGUUAACUCAACUCGCAGCAAUAAUUGAAUCAAGCAGAACAAGCCCCGAUCCGAAGACAUCGCUUCUCAGCCGAUUACCACCUGAUAUGCAAUCAAAAAAUAAACAGGAUCAGUGCCUAUUGCAGAAGAAACAAUCGGUAUUUGGGAGGAACAAUUACAGCUCCUUGUUAGUCAAGCAAAGGCAGCCUCCUCGGAAGAAUGACAAAUCAGUACCGAGGGCCAAAAGAUUGAAGAAGAAGCCUCAAGUCAUCCCUGACCAACCAAGUCAGCUACAGCAAGAAUGCCAGUAUAGUGAAUUGCAGGACAUACAGAAAAAGCCUUCUAAACUGCGCAGACUUGGGCGCAUUGUGUCACAAGAUUCAAAGCUGUCAGCCUUGGGAAAAAAAUCUUCCAAAAGCAAAGUAUACAAGGCACGAAAUCGGAGUGCUUUGUCAUCCCAGCAAAAACCAGCUGUAUUAUUUCUUCCCAAAACUCAGAUAAUAUUCCAUAGGCCUUUGCCGGCCUCAAUACAAGACAGACUAAAAAACAAGCCAUUAGGCUGUGAAAUGGUGCCAGAGCCCCUUAAAACAAUGGGCUCCAGUGAUGCACAAGGCACCAGCAGCCAGAGUGGGAUCCCAGGGGCUCUUCCACAUGAAGCCCUGCUUUCUAGUAAUCUGCUGACUGUUCCUCAUUUAAAAACAGACUUUUGCGUAAAACAAGGAAGUGAAAACGGGCAGAUGUUUACAGAAAAAGACAAGAAUUCUCAGGUACAACAAACCAUGAAUAUUCCUCAGAUGCAUCCUUUUUCUCAGAUCUUCAGUCAGAGAACUGGUGACAUCUAUGAGGAAACCCAAGCUAAACCACAGGAUACUGUGGAACAAAAGGAUCAAAAUCUGCAACUGAUCCCCCUUAACAGUGAUGAUGCCUUGCCAGGGGACACCAUGCAUACUCUUAGAAAUGUGGAGCGUGUAAGUGAAGCUACAUUUCCAACAUUAAGAACUGUAGAGACUGAAAAGCAUCAGGGUACUGGGAACUUAAGAUGUUCUCCAACAAAGAAUACACUCAGUAGUUUUCUUGAAUCUCCCAUGACAUUCUUAGAUACCCCUACAAAGAAUUUAAUUGAUACACCUACAAAGAAAGGGCAGAGUAAUUUUCCAACCUGUGACUGCGUGGAACAAAUCAUAGAGAAGGAUGAAGGGCCAUAUUAUACACACCUUGGAACGGGCCCAAGUAUUGCUGCAGUCAGAGAAAUAAUGGAGGACAGGUAUGGAGCAAAAGGAAGUGCUGUAAGAAUAGAGGUAGUGGUGUAUACAGGCAGAGAAGGAAAAAGUUCCCAGGGGUGUCCAAUUGCCAAGUGGGUGAUACGGAGAAGUAGUGAUGAAGAAAAACUGCUGUGCUUAGUUCGUCAGCGUGCGGGACAUCACUGCCAAACUGCUGUGAUUGUGAUACUCAUUUUGGCUUGGGAAGGGAUUCCUCACCUUCUUGCUGACACGUUGUACAAGGAACUGACUCAGAGUCUCAGAAAAUAUGGCUGUCCAACCAGCCGUAGAUGUGCAUUAAAUGAAGAUCGUACUUGUGCCUGUCAAGGUCUCAACCCAGAGACAUGUGGAGCAUCAUUUUCAUUUGGCUGUUCUUGGAGCAUGUAUUACAAUGGCUGUAAGUUUGCCAGAAGCAAAACCCCCAGGAAAUUUAGACUUCUCACAGAUGAUCACAUGCAAGAAGAAAAUCUGGAAAACAAUUUGCAGACUUUAGCUACUGAUGUGGCUCCAUUAUAUCAGAAACUUGCCCCUGAUGCUUUCCAGAACCAGGUGGAAAACGAGCAUCUGGGUCCUGACUGUCGGCUUGGGACCAAGAAUGGCCGGCCUUUCUCUGGUGUGACAGCUUGCAUUGAUUUCUGUGCCCAUGCACACAAGGAUACUCACAACAUGCACAAUGGAAGCACUGUGGUUUGUACUUUAACAAAAGAAGACAACCGUACAGUAGGUGUGAUACCAAACGAUGAGCAGCUUCAUGUGUUACCUCUUUACAAAAUUUCACAGACAGAUGAAUUUGGCACAGAAGAGGGGCUGGAAGCCAAGAUUAAAACGGGGGCAAUACAGGUGCUAACUGCUUUCCCCCGGGAAGUGAGAAUGUUAGCUGAGCCACGCAGGGCAACGAAGAAAAAGCCAGAAACAAAGAAGCAAAGUUUAGCCGAAAAAAAGCACUCUGCACCUGUCAGGGGAAAAAACGGAGUGCCAGAAAAUAACAGGAGAACGUCACAAAGUUUGGGGAGCAAAAUGAAUAUAGCGCAACCUGGGACAAAAAUGGAGACAGCUGAAUACUUUUCUACCAUAAGUCCUAAUUUAGGCGCGUCUACCAAUUGCUCUCUGUUAAAGCAACAUGGUCCUUCCUCUCCUUUAAAACUGGAUAGCUUACCCUCUUGCUCUCCAUUAAGCGGUGGUCUAAUGCCAGUGACUAAUAACCAAGAAGAUGUUUCUACUCCCUACGGGUAUUUACAAUGCAGUAGUAAUAAACCUCAUGUGACAUCCAAAGGUAGUAACUUUGACGUGUCCACUGGUGAUCAUACUGGAAUUUUGAUGGAUGAGAAGAGAAAUGGCGUGCCCCCGUUUCUUCAAGACCUGACUAUGUCGAGGUCUGCAGUCAACAGAGAGAAUCUGCCCCUCGCUGCUGAGCACGAACUAGUUAACAAGCAAAAUUGUGAAGCUAACUUAAAAUCCUCUUCUGCCUCACAGGUGGCUAGCUCUUGUGAGUCAGCAUUGCCACUGAAUGCCCCAGAAGAUGUCUCUAGAAAUGAAAUUUGUUCUUCCCAAGAGCACCCAACGCAAAAAAGUGGAUUGUGGCAAAGCCCAAACUGUGGUUCUGCCACUGUGGAGGACGAGUCCAGCGGCCAGCUCUUAAAACACACAGAUUCUGAAGAAAAAGCAGAAGAAAUGUGGUCCGACAGUGAGCAUAACUUUUUGGAUAAUGACAUUGGUGGGGUAGCCGUAGCACCAUCACACGGUUCUAUCUUAAUUGAAUGUGCACGGCGCGAACUGCAUGCCACAACUCCUCUUAAAAAGCCAAACAGGAAUCAUCCCACGCGGAUCUCUUUAGUCUUUUACCAACACAAAAACUUAAAUGAGCCAAAACACGGGAUAGCACUGUGGGAGGCCAAAAUGGCCGAGAGAGCGAAAGAGAAAGAAGCUGAAAAGUCAGGAACUGAAACUACCAGCCUGCCAGCCGAUGACAAGAAUGCGAGCCAGACCAAUGCAACCCAGGAGAUUUUCUAUGAAGAAAAUGAAUUCAACCAAAUUCCAUCUCGCAGAGCAUUAACAGUAACUCACGAUAAUAUCAUAACCGUGUCUACUUAUGCCCUCACACGAGUUGCAGGGCCCUAUAACCAUUGGGCGUAAGCUUUUAUAGCAACGACAACUUUUGCCUUGGAGCAGUGUUACGCAAUCCUAAAGGUGCUGUUAAAGAACAAAGUCUCAUGUGGUUUACUCUUUGUUCAUCUCAACCAUUUUGAAGGCUGAGGUAAAAAUUACUUUUUUUUAAACUGUGACUUUAUAUAUUUUAACAUCUGGCGAUUCUCAAGUGUGUGUGCAUAUGUGCGUGUGUAUUCACACCCACACACCACACACACAUUAUAUCUUUAAGAAAAUUUGGCUAGGUUAUUAACUCUGAUUAAAUUACUUGGUUUAUUACCUUUUUGGAAUUUAUACUUUGGUGCUUUGAAUCGUCUGUUUAUUAUAAAUGGGCUUUUCAUAAAGAUUUUAACUGAUUUCAUCUUUUAUUAUGUAAAAUCAAGUUAGACAGUAUUAGCUAUACACAGCUCUUGGUGCUUAAUCACAUCGAACCGUUAAAAAUAAGCUGAUUUUAUUUCUUCAUGGUGCCAUUGCUCUUACAGCUUCCAAUCACUGCUGUGAAUCCCAGUUUAAGGAAAAAGAACCAAUGAUGAUUUAUUUGUAUAUAGAUUUUUUCAUGUAUAUAUAGUUUGUGUGUGCAUGUGCGUAUGAUCCACAUGCAUUCACAUGCAAACAAAUAUCACUAGUAAUGAUUGGAGGUUAUAAAUGUAAAUAUAUAUAUUUAAAAGCACUUUCUAUUUUUAAAGUUAACUUGAAAUAGUAUAAGGAUCACAUUUGUCUAAGGUUUGCGCAUUCUCUACCAAGGAAUUUAUUUUUUCUUACUAUGUAAAGUUCCAUAUUGCUACAACAAUUCAUAUAUACUGAGGAUACCUGGGUUUUAGAUUCUUCCCGUCUCUUUUUUUCCAUUGUUUUUGUUUCUAAAUAAAAGGGUAAUAAAGUCCAGAAAGUUCAAUAUUUGCAGAUAUAAAUUAAGCAGUUUAUCUAUACUUGUAUUUCUAGGGUUUUUUUUUUAAGAAGAAUUUAUUUGCUAGAGUUUAUAAUUUGAGCAAUAAGGGCAAAUGUUGUCUCAUAGGGAGCAUUCCAAGUUCCAUGGGACAACCCAAUCAAGCGUCAUCCAGAUGGAUUGGCAUACAGCUGCCAGGAUGCAGUUCCAUACAUCUGGAAGUCACCCUGUUAGGAAAGGAUUUUACUAGAGCCUCAGUGGCAUAAAUUGCAAAUGCAAUAUGUUGGAUUUUAAGAGAUCUGCCCUGUCAGCAGUGUUAGAAUACAUCUGAGUUGAUUAAGCAUCCAGAAGGUUCCUCAGUGGUGAGCUGUCCACUAGAGAAGGUUUUAUCAGUCCAGUCUAGGCAGGUUUACUUGAAGCUGAAUCCCACUGUGCCAGGUAAGCGAACAUCUGAUUGUAUUGUACACAAUUUUCUCCUCUCUUCCCCCCCCUCCCCAUGUCAGAAUAAGAAACACCAAUAUUCAAGAGAUUAAUUUCCACAAAAUGGGCACAGUUCCACAGCCUACUUGGCACCUCCAGUUAGAAAAUGGGAUCUGUGAUAGGCAGCCAUCUGUUUCUGCUGUCUGUGUUGGAGACCCAUCUACAGUAUGAUGGGUGACUUCUUGGUGGCAAAAUAACUAUGUGACAUACACUUCAUACCCUUUUCUGAAUGGUAACCUCUACAGCAUUACAGGUGCAGAGUGUUUGCAAAUGUUUUCCAACCUGGGAACUCUGAGCAGUGUUCCUGUUUGCACUCCACGUGCCAGAGCUUGCUAAUUAAAUUACUAAAGUGCAAUGGCUGGAUUGAUCAGCUCAAGUUUUUGUUUCAGUCAAGAACCAGGGAACAUAACUGCCAAGUUGUAAUCAGGAUAAAUGGGAAGAGAUUUAGCUGUCCGAGGCAGGCAUCCAUUCCACAGAUAGACGUUAACUAGAGUAAAAAAUGAAUCUCAAUUCAAUACUAGUGGAAGAGUGAUGUCUUCCCUCAGACCUGAAAGCUGUCAUGUAGCUUAGCAGGUAUAUCAUAGGCUGUGUUUUCCCAACAUCUUGCUACUGUUUCUCAUUUCUCAGCAUCUGUUAUCUGCAAUGUCCACAUCCUUUGUUUAACAGGAGCAACAUUAAAUGAUCCAGUAAUCACAGAGCUGUAAUAUUAAAUACUGAAAAUCUCAAGUGUGAUACAACAGCAUCUGUGUGAUCAACACUGCUCUCGUCAGCUCUGAUGACGAGAUAUUAAAAUAUAGCUCAGGACUCUAGUCGGCCAGAACCAGGAGAAUCCAGUAUAUUUCUGAAUGAGGAAAAGGGAAGAAGCAAAUUCCUAAGUAAGAAGAUCAGAUUUUUGGGCAAUUGAAUGCCAGGGAUUUUACCUGUCUUAAUUAUUUGGAAGCCAUGGUCUAAAGGACAUAUAUUAUUGAUGCUAACCCAGUGAGUUUGAUCAGUCCAAUUUGAGCAGAACUCAAUGGUUGUGCUUGUUGGAAUCAGGCCUUGAUUCCAAAUAAUGAAUUAACCAAAUCAUCUAGCAUUCAUUUGUCCUAAUGACAACAUCUGAAUUUAAACAUUAUGGGACUAUCUCAGGCUUUACUUUUUGUAUAGUUUGGUAAUUUGAAUUAGCCAGUUAUUAUCAUAUUAUGAGCCUUUGUAAGCAACACAUCCUGUAGCUUAUAUUCAAGAAUGGGGCUAUUUACUGAUAUUGACCAAUCCAACCUAAUCAGGGCAAGCAUGAGGUUUUUUGGUUUUACAUCUCUUUCUCUCCCCCCCCCCCCCCCCCAAUGAUGUACAUAAGUGCCACAGGAAUAACUAGAAAUAAAAGAUUUAAGAUAACAUACUUGAUAAUAUCUUAUAGUGGUGCUGUAACAAAUGUCUAGAUCUGCUUUUUUUUUUAACAAAAUCUAGGCAUGGUGCUUUUAUUAUUAUUAAAUGUCUACCCUUGUUGUGUAAUUAAUCUGAAAAGAUAAUUUCAAAAACAAAGAAAUAGUUGAUUUGUAUAGCUUGCCCCAGCCUUCUCCAAAGAAUUUGGUGACUGGAGGAUUAUUGGAGUGGAAGUAAAAAAAACAUAUUAAAAACACUAGCUUGGGGAAUACUGGUUUACUCUAAGUCACCUAUGAUUCUGAAUGUUCAGAAUGUGGAAUUCAUUCCACUUACUCAUGUAACUCAUUUGGGUAAUGUUAGACAUUCACACUGGUCUAAGACUUCAAGGCCGCCAUCAUAGACAACAGUCCCACUGUGGAGCUUAUCCACUUUGUCCUUCCUGAAAGGGGAAUUACCACUGUUCUAUCUAGCAGUACAAGUAAGUUGUCAGGCAAAGUGAAGGUAAGAACAGCAUGUUUGGAUACUUCUGGGUGUCUGUCCUCCCAGUCUCUGACCAAAUAGCUGAUUGAUGCCAUUAUAGGUGAUGCUGAUCAUGUUAAAUGUUAUGUAUGUAUGUAAGGCAAGACUCUGGUGCUAGAUUUUUUUAUGUUUGCCCAUUGCAUUCCCACUUAGGCAGCUGAUCUAUCUUUCAGAUAGAUGUUAGAGAAAUUUGCCUAAGUCAAAUUUGAGAUGUUCUGAGAUGAGAUGUUUCACUGAAAUCAGGGGAAUGUAAUCCAGCAAGUUUCACUCAUUUUGGUGAGGGUUGAGAAAGCUCAACCUGUUAUAAUCUUACAAAGAGGUACCCGCUGAAUAUCAUCAAACAUGGCUGGCAAACUUAAUUUUGGAUCACAUCUCCACACUUGUUAGUCAAAAUACCGUUAGCAAUCUUUAUGCCACAGCUUAUUGAAUAACCGGAAUUAAAACAUUCUAGAAAAGUAUAUAAAGAGAAAAAGAAUCCAAUCUUUCUAUUUUUAAAGUGAACUUUAUAAAAAAAAGAAUUAAAAAACCCCACCCAUAUGCUGCAUUUUUUAGUUCAAAGAUUAUGGUUAGUUCAGAUACAGAAUAUGUAAUGAUUGUAAAUAAUAAAAGUCAAUAUUAUAUCAUCAUUUUGUACCAGCAGUUUUCUGCUUCUUGGAUAUAUACAUUAAAUUGGUAUGGUAAUUUUGUGUGCCUUAGAUUUACAUUUUAAGAACUGUAUAUUUUUUGUGAACCUAAAAUUUAUUAAAAAUAAUAGCUGUCAUUACAGUACGUAGGGUGAAAUCAUCCAUCAACUCAUCUGUACCCUUUUUUUUUUAAUUUAGUCAUCCUUUCUAGUAAUUCUGAGGAAAAAAGUUUCCUGGGAAAAUCCUCCACUUCUACACUUCAUCCUAGUUUUCCUCAACACAGAUAUAAGCACCAGAACCCCUCCUUCAAUUAUAAUUUCUUCAUUAUAGGUGUAUGCUGUUUAGUUUGCCAAUCUGCUUAUGCUUAUAAUAACUCCCAUUGAACACUUUGUGUUUAUUUCUAAAUGAAUGUAUGUAGGAUGGCAUUAUUACCAUUUGAAAUUUAUGGACCAUACACUACUAAUAAAAUAUUUAGGAUUAAAUUCCUUUUGAUUCCUUUUCUAUAGGUAUUACAGCAGAAAAUUCAGAUUGUGACAAUAGUAGAAAAAUAAAGAUUACUCAAAUGAUGAAGAUUGGCAUUUCUAAAUAGAAGAUCUCUAAUCACUGUCCUUAGUGUUUUCAUCUGUUUACCUAUAGAAAACUUAACUGCCAGCAAAUACCAGCUCUUAAAAUGACAAUGCUAAAUAGGGAAACAACUGUUGUGUCUUUACAGUCGAGCAAGGAAUAUGAUCUGUUACUUGGAUGUCCACUGAUUUUGAGAUCUUGUUAGGUUCCAUAGAGUGUACUUGUAUGGAAUGAAUUAAAGAUGGAACUGCAUGAUUGUUUUUAGCAGCUAAUAAACACUUCAUUAGCUACAUCAGGUUACCCAAACAUUGAAAAUAUACUGCUGAAAUUAAGAAAUAUUUUCUAAGUUUUGUUCUGGGUUCAGCCAUAUAUUUUAAUUACCUUAAACUUGUAAAACAGUACUGUUUACAAAAUGAUGGUUGCACCUAAAAGAUAAUGUUUCACGUAUUAUCUCACUUAACUGCUUUUUUACAAGCAAGCAUCCAUCACGUAUGCAUGCAGAGUGAGAACAUAGUAUAUACAGCUGUAAGUUAUUUAUUGUAACAUUUCAAACUAUCAUUUAUACUUAGACACUGAUGUACUUUUGUGAAUUAGCUUGUAGCAGCGAAGACUUAUAAUAACUUUUCUUGCAUAAGAGCAAUCCUUGGGCUGUUGCAAGCAGCAAAACUUUCAGACAUCUGCAGCAGUCUAAACGCUGCAUGGUCUAAGAUUCAAUGUUGGCUGUUCUGGAGCUGCCAGGGACCCAGAAAGGAAAUCAAAUGCAUAGUUUCCAUGAUUUGUUGAAACAAGACCCUGUCUGUAAAGAGCUUGCUUGAGGCAUCUAAUUGUUUUGGUCCUAUAAUGAAUGCAGGAGUAUUACUUAAAUUUGGCAACGACCUUUUUAGACAAUAAUUCAGCGUGUUAGCCGUUCAAAAUGAGAAAUAUCAAAGUAGUUAAUUGUCAGAACAUACUAAUGUGUCUUUAGAAGUGCUAUAUUCUUUCAACAAAGAUUUAAAAAACACAAGAGUCACAACAACAUCACUAAGACAGGAAUUUUCAAACUUUGCAGUGCAACAAACUACAAACAAUUCAAAUUUGAUUGACCCUUUUCUUUACCUGGAUAUCAUAGAUUCAGAAUAUGCUCUAAAUAAUACAAGUUAACUAAAUUGAAACCCUUGAAAAAUGUAGUGGUUGUGACUGACAGAAAAAAAUAUCCCGUAUAAAGAACUCCCUUUGAACAGAAUGGCAUUUCUGAUAAUAAAAUGUUGCAAUAUUUGCUUCCGGAUGCUUUAAUGAAGAUGUAAGGAGGAAUAGCUGGAUAUCCUUGAGUGUGCGUGAUGAAAGUAAUAAUGUUUAGAGAAAUCUUUCCCCCUUUUUAAAUUCUUUUUUAAUAUGCUACAUAGAUGGUUGAAGCAGUUUGAAAGGCUUCACUUAUUAAGAGCUAUCAACUACAUCCUAAACUCGCUAACCCCAGUUCUGUUUAGAAUUUGGUUGACUUAAUGCAAUAUUGUACAUGGAAACGUCAUGUGUAUCAAGAUCUACUAAAGAGGAAUCCAUAGAAGGUAAAAUUUUCAUUAGGAGGUUAAAUCCCAGUAUUUUCAGUACUAUUAGAGCUAGGACAUCCGUACCCACUCUGCCUGGUCCAGAAUCCUGGCAUAGUCAUGUCAGAGCGCUGAGUUAGGCUGCAUGUCUCUAGCCCACAUAUUAGCUUUUCCUUCCCACUCUUAACUGCUCUUUCCAAGGCAGCAAGAAAAGGUGAGUUGUUGGCUUAGCUGUAAAGCGGGCAGCAAUUUUAACAGCCCAUUCUCAUGAACUGGGCCAAAGUGGCUAGGUCAGCCCGUGAAUGAAUGGUAUCUUCAUUUCAACUUACCUGAGGUCUGUGAAAAUAUCCUUAGCAGCCAAAUAGCAGCAUAUGGAUCUUCUGCAGAUAUUUUGGUUGUUUCAAAUAUUGGGGCGAGCCUCGCAGGCAUAUAGUCUAUUGUAUCCUUUGCAGGUUGGUAUUAGGGUAUUUUUAGCCUUAGCUUGGUACACUCAUACAAAUACGACAGCUGAUAUUGUGAAGUUUCUCCGCUGAAAUAGUGUUUUCCUUCUUACUGCUUUUUGAGCUGUUUCCACCUGCCGUACUGCAACUUUACCAUUCUGCUUAGAAGUAUCCUUGCAACAACCAGGAUGUUUUCUAGGAUAGUUUUUCUUGAAAUUAUCAGAUGUAGGCAUACAGUUGUUAUCUCUUCUGUAUUAAAAAGAACCAAUCCUUUGCACGAUGACCUUUCUUUAACUUCACUUUGGCACAUUAUUUCUAAAGAAAUAAUCUAAAAAAGGUCCCAUGUCUUGCAAAAGCAUUAUAAAUUUACAGAUUAAUAUCUAGAUUCAGUCAUGCAUUAGGAGUUUCAGCUCUCUACAAUUAGUGUGUAUUAUCUACUUUUCAAAUUUAUCUUGACCCUCGUGAUCUCAGUCUAAUAAAAGUGAAUACCAGUUAAAUCCAAGGAAAUCAGUGGAGUUUCAGUUAACACUGGCAUUGAUUGCACUGAAAGGAGAACAUAAUUAGUGCUCUGGAUUAAGACUAUUAUCUGUUUUGAGCAGCUUCCGUUGUUUGAAGACCUCAGCUUCUCUCUCUCUGUUACGGAAAUAGUACAGUUCUUUGGCCCUCCAAAUGUUAGAUUUCAGUUUCUAUCAUUCAGCCAACUUACAAAGUAGUUAGGGAGGACAGGAGGACUGCUUCUAUCCCAUCAAUACCUUGUUUAGGAUCAUACCAUUGUAUUAUUAAUUACAUUUAGAUGUAAUUAUUUCCUUUGAGACUUGUCAAUCAGUUAUGCACUGUGUUAAUUAUGGCCCUGGUUAAAUAGCACAGUGACAUUUAUCAAUACUUUUAUUGAAUCCACAUUAAACUGUAGAGACAAAUCCAUUGACAGAUGUACGUUUACUCACAGAAUAGGACUUUGCACCUCACCUAUUUCCCUGAAUUUGUUUCAGAUUGUCCUCUAACCGCCUGAGUGGAUUUGAGAACUCAGGAAGGGUCCGAGUGAAGGGGAAUAAAUUGCUGUCCUCUUCACUCACUGACUGAAGCUUUACUGACAUUUGAACAAGUUAACUGCUUAGAACAGAUGAAAUACUGACUUUGAGCGUACAAAAUCCUUGUUAUUUUGGCUCAAGAACAAGCAUUCUUUUUCUUUCCCUUUCUUCAAAUUAGGGGCUAUGCAGCUGGAUCCUCUUAUUUUUCUUAUAUGCCUUAACCAUAUGGUAGUAUGAGCAGUAAAAUCUUAACAUUUUAUAUCAAUCAAGUGGGAAGAAAAACCUAUUCAUAUUAAAACUGGGCUAGUGUUUACCAGGGAAAAUAUAAUUUUAUAUAUUUCUUAUGGUAUUCCACAAACAAAAUCAUAACAUAGUAGCAAAGCUCCUUUGGUUUUGACUGCAUAGACCAGUGUUUCUCAACCUUAACAACUUUAAGAUGUGUGGACUUCAAC